GGACACAGCAGCCGUGUUGCAUCAGGUUGACGUCUGUCUCGGUGUCAGAGAGAAAAUGAGACAGACAGAUGCUUCAGGUUUCAAGUGGGACUGUAUUUGUACGUGAGUGGGUACAGGGUCCGGUGCAGAAGUUCCACUGGACUCUGUGGAUAUCUCCAUCCGUCUGAGUCCUGCCGUGCCUGUCUAAUUUAAUUUAAUUUAAUUUCUUUUUUUUUUUUUUCUUUAAAGACAACUUUGUGCGUUAGCCUUUUUAACCGUCUACUUCUGUGUCUGUCUCUUUGGCCAACUGACUGACGGCUACAGAGCAAGGACAACAAAGAAUGACAGCGUCCACAAGUGUCUCCAGUGGCCUGGAGGUCCUGCUCUCCUCUCUGCAGACUGAAGGGGAUGUGGAGAGCACCGUGAACAUUCUUAACGUCCUGGAUGAACUUCUGUCCGCCGGCACUGAUCGACGUAUCCAAUAUUUAAUAAGUAAAGGAGGCAGUGAGGCAUUGUUGGAGGCACUGGUCAACACCGCUCGCAGUUUUUCCCUAAACUACACCGUCCUACUGCCGCUAGUCCACCUGCUGGUAAAAGUUGGACACAGAGACAGGCGUAUUGGUCGGAAGGCCGAGGAGGCUGGAGCCGUUCUUCUGGCUCUGAAACUUCUGAAGCACAACACCAAACAUGCGAAGCGGGCUACAGCGUGUCUGCUGCUCAUCCAAGUCUUUGCCUCCGCAGUAUCUGCGGCAAACCUGAUUGGAGGAAACCAAGGGCUGGACGUCAUUUUCCUCCUCAUCCCUCAGUAUACCACCAGACAUCUGCAGACCAUCAAAGCAGCAAUCAAUGCCUUUGCAGCACUGUUGUGCACAAAAGACAAUGUCUGCUCGGCAGCGUCUAAAGGUUUCGUCUCUGGCCUUCUACGGCUUUAUGAAGACUGGCACAACAAAGACACUCAACACGCUGCCGUGGAAAUCCGCCAUGCGCUGCUGAACUGCCUGCAUAAAGUUACCCAGAGCGUUGCAGGCAGACAGGCUCUGACAUCCAACGGGGGUCUGAGUCUGUUGUAUCAGACCACACAGACAAAUCUAUUGUGUAAGGCUACAGAGUGCCUGAUAGAGCCCUCGGUGCAGCUACUGAGGAAGUGUCUUCCAAAAACACGUCUUCCGCUGACAUCUGAUCAGUCUGUUUACAUCUUCCCUCUUCCUGGAAGACCACCACAAGCUGACCAGGAUGAGUACACGGCACCAGAUAGGAGCAGCGAGGAGAGUGAUGAUGAAUUUGGUGACAACCAAGAACCUGAAAUCAUAGAUUUUUUAUUUGGGCAAUUUAAACCUGGUCGGACCAUAACCUUAAUCAACCCCAGAAAAAUAACCCCAAGACUGGGGAAUUCAUAUGUGUCUUUCUCUGUCCAGGACGAAGACUUGGAAACAGACCUUAACAAACUAUGUCGUCGCCCAGAACCAGACAGACCCAGGGCGCUACUGAAGCAGUAUGAACGCAUUUGUCCUGAGCUCGUACACGAGUUUCAGGACUUGGACUUGAGUUCAUCCUCACCAUCACCUUCUCCAUCGUCAUCAUCCUCAGAUGGAGAAACUGAGCGUUUCUCCUCUAGGAAGGGUGACCAAAACUCCAGCUCGGAUUCUUCCACCUCUCUUACGAACUCAGACAAAGAAACCUCAGCAGAUGAAAAUACAACAGCCACUGGCCAGUUGGAGGCACGUGAUUUCAACAGCCACAGCAGAAUCUUAGGCUGUCAGAGCCCGGUUGAAGAACCCAGAGAGGGCAACUCCACAUGUCUAGGAGAGGAGGAGCAGACUGAACAGGAUGACAAAGAACAAGUCCACCAUAGUGUCAUGAUAGAGAGGUUGUUGAAGAACCGCGGGGCCUCUAUUCCUUAUCACGAUCCCAAAGUUUAUCGCGAGGUUGCUGCCAAAACCAAGUCUAUUCCAGGGUUCAACAUUCUUGCUUUUCCUGAUUUCUGGGGUCAUCUUCCACCCGCAGGAAAUGAACACAUGACCCCGAGGGAGCCUAACAUACAGAGGCAAAAAGUGUUUGAGGACAUCCAGCGCUGCCUAAAUCCAUCCGACAUCAUCAACAGGGUCGUCUACGAUCUUGGAGACAGCAGUCUUCAAGGUCCGUCUGAUUCCUUGAGGUUUUUCUCCAAGUUUGAGUCUGGGAACCUGAGAAAGGCAGUUCAGGUCCGCAGGUUUGAAUAUGAUCUCAUACUGAACGCAGACGCCAACUGUUCCCAGCAUGCUCAGUGGUUUUACUUUGAAGUCAGUAAUAUGGAGGCAGACGCCCCCUACCGUUUUAAUGUCAUCAACUGUGAGAAGGGCAACAGUCAGUUCAACUACGGUGAGUCUACGUGAUGCGGAAUGCAGCCAGUGCUGUACUCAGUAAGGGAAGCUCUGGAUGGUAGCCCACAGUGGGUGAGAACGGGAACUGAGAUUUGUUAUUACAGAAACCACUACUGUCCUGCUCGAGGUAAAAGGAAAACAACUUUCUACACUCUGACCUUUACCAUCAGCUUUCGUCAUCACACACACAUUUGUUUGUCUCUGUCUGUCUGUCAACCCUGUUCAUGUACUUUUCCUCCGCUCCAGGCACAUCUGAGGGUUCUGCAGAAUUCACUGGAUCCGACCAAGGUCUUUUAUCGGCAGCAGAUUCUUUGUCCAACGUUAGCCGGAAACCCUUGUCCAGUGAUCACCGUCACCGCAUGUCCUACCAGGAAGGCCUGGAAGGACAUGCACCAGCUGCGGAAUCGUCCUUGUAUUCUGCUGACGGGCCGCGUCCACCCGGGGGAAUCGAACGCCAGUUGGGUGAUGAAGGGCACGCUUGAGUUUCUGUGCAGCAAUGACCUCGUAGCCCAGAGUCUGAGGGAGGCUUUUGUCUUCAAGAUAAUACCCAUGCUCAACCCAGACGGAGUCAUCAACGGCACGAAUCGCUGUGAUUUGAACGGUGAGGAUCUCAACCGUCAGUGGUCUAAACCAGACCCUGUCCUCAGCCCGACCAUCUACCACACCAAAGGCCUACUUUACUACCUCAACAGUAUUGGGCGAACUCCACUGGUUUUCUGUGACUACCAUGGUCACUCCAGAAAGAAAAACGUAUUCCUGUAUGGCUGCAGUGUAAAGGAAACUCUCUGGCAGUCUGGCUCUGCAGUCGACACGCUAGCCUUUAAAGAAGAUCCUGGAUACAGGACCAUUGCAAAGACUUUGGAUCGUAUCGCCCCAGCCUUUUCUUUCAACAGCUGCAACUAUUUGGUGGAGAAGUCUCGCUCUGCUACAGCCAGAGUGGUGGUCUGGAGAGAGAUGGGUGUGUUGAGAAGUUACACCAUGGAGAGCACUUACAACGGCUGCGACCAAGGAAUAUAUAAGGACCUGCAGAUGGGAACCAAAGAGCUGCAGGAGAUGGGGAUGAGGUUCUGCCAGAGUCUUCUUUCUGUAAAUAAAGCUCAGUACACCAGGGCGCUCAUCAACCUCGUGGACCUGGGUCACAACAUCCUGGACCACAAGUCUCACACCUGUUUUGAGGACGACGAGCCCCCGUGUGUGGAGGAGAUAGAGUAUUCUACAGACUGUCCGACUCUUAAAGGCUCAGAUCUGGAUUCAGAUGUCAAUAAAAACAUGGCCGCCGCAGAUGAAGAUGGAUUCGGUGACGGUGAUGACGACGGAACUCAGCAGCUGAGCAGCAGGAGCCGCCUCUUUCCUCAGCCCAUCAGACAGGGAUCAGUAGAGACUCUCAGAGAGAAGAGAAACCUGAGCAAGAGAGUCAACGGACAGAUCACUGUUUAAGAGAAUGGUUUCCCAUUUGUCUCUGCCAAACCCCGGGGUUUGUUCUGCCUCUGCCCCUCCCUGGCCAUGGAUGUGCAGACGUUACGAAAAAAAACACAAAAAACAAACAAAGA